AUGUCAUUGCAAUCAAACGAUUCUAAGAUCCCGUCGUACACGCAACUCAUUGAGUUUAUUCAACUUCAAGUUAAAGUACUCGAACGCUCAAAUAAACCUACCAAUUUUAAUAAUAGAUCGGACAAAUCGCGAGGUACCUACAAGUCAUUCAUUGCAUGUGACACAAACGAGCCUAUCGCUUCGGCGCGCAGCGAAUGUGUAUUGUGUAGUAGUAAGACCCACAAACAUCUAUAUCAGUGCAAUAAGUUUAUGGAGAUGGAGUCGCCGCAAGCAAGAUUCGACUUUAUUAAAGCUAAUAACGCGUGCGUAAAUUGCUUGUCGCUAUUUCAUACUCUAAGCAAGUGUAAAUCUCGAUCAUCUUGUGUCAGGUGUCUUCCAGCUAAGAAGAAACACCAUUCCAGCUUGUGUAGAAUUAAUAAUGACACAAUAAAUAAAAAAUCAUCGUCCGACCGCACGUUCACGAGCGUUUCGCCCGCUGUAGCCGUGGACGCAACGCCCGCGUCCGCGCCAGCGCCCGCGCCGUUGACUAGUGUACAGUCGCUCACUACGUCUUUACCUACGCAUGCUUCAAGCGCUUUAUUAUCCACUGCACUAGAGGUGUCAAAUAUGGUUACAUUUACAUAUCUUAAUACUAACGCUAACUUGAAAUGGAAUAUACCUGGUGACAUUGACGUCAUUUUAGGCGCUCAGUUAUUUCCGCACAUCUACUUAGGUGAUAAAAUUGUAUCCAACAGUACCGCACCGGCAGCUUUAUUAACGACUUUAGGAUACGUUUUAAUGGGUGAUUAUACGCCUCGUGAUCGCGAAUCUAAUGAAUAUUCAUUCACCGCACUCGCAUUGGAAGAUUUAGAACAAAAUCUCCAAAAAUUUUGGGAACUGGAACAAAUUAAUGAAAAAACGCACCUCAGCCCCGCCGAGACUGAAUGCGAGAACUUAUACCGCGCUUCAGUUUCUCGGGAUGAGAGUGGCCGAUAUUCGGUCGGUUUACCCUUUUCUCAAAACGCAUCCGAACUAGGCAACUCGCGUUGCGUCGCUCACCGCCGCUUGCUUGCUCUAGAGCGUAAGUUUAAGACUGACCCUUCGUUACGUCAUGAUUAUAAUCAAAUCAUCAUGGAAUACAUUCAACGAGGUUAUUUAUCUGAGGUCUCGGACAAUAACAAUGCCGAUGAGGGCUAUUAUAUUCCGCACCACGCUGUUAUUCGCCCCGAAAAAAGUUCGAGUCGCGUUCGAAUCGUCACGGAUGCCUCCGCGAAAACCGCAGAUAGGAACCUAUCGUUAAAUGAUGUACUCCAUACUGGACCUAACUUACAGGCGGAUUUGUUUUUACUUUUGUUAAAUUUCCGAUUAUUUCCAGUCGCUAUGACUGCAGAUAUAAAGCAGAUGUACUUGCAAAUUGAGAUUUUGCCGCGAGAUCGUAAAUACUUAAAGAUCCUUUUCAGAUUUGACGAAAAUGAAGAAAUACGCACCUUUCAGUUUAACCGCGUCCCGUUUGGACUAAAGUCCAGUCCGUAUUUAGCCAUGCGUUCGGUGCGACAACUAUGCCAGGACGAAGGUAAUCGUUUCACGGAGGCAGCAAAAAUAGCUGAGUCUCAAUUAUACAUGGAUGACCUUGUGCAUUCGGCUACUAACGAUCAAACCGCUAAAACCUUGUCGCAAGAAUUGAUUAAUUUGUUCAAAUCGGGUUCAUUUGAGUUGAUCAAAUGGUCAAGUAACUCGUCAACUCUUUUAUGUAGUCUGCCAGACACGCAUCGCGCUUCGGUGAACUUUACCGAUAGUAACAAUACCACUAAGGUUUUAGGUCUGUCUUGGGAUCCCAGUGAAGAUGUCUUUCGCAUGACCAUUUCUAAGAUCGACAACAAAUGCACGAAACGCACAAUUUUAUCUCUCGUUGCUAGAUUGUUCGAUGUUUUAGGAUUAGUCGCGCCAGUUAUUCUUUAUGCUAAACUGUUGAUCAAAGAACUCUGGCUCCAACGGAUCGAUUGGGAUGAAAUUCCUUCUGAAGAUAUAAUCAAAAGAUACUCUGAUUUGGUCCACGAUUUUUCAAUUCUUCCAAGUUUAAAAAUACCACGUCAUACGGGUAUUACUGAAGGUUGCAAAAUAAAUAUAGUCGCCUUCAGUGAUGCUAGUUUAAAUGGCUAUGGUUGUGUGAUUUAUAUACAUGUUACUGAUGCUCUCGGUAAUAUACGCGUUAACUUGUUGUGCUCAAAAUCGAAAGUUUCACCUACCAAAGUAACGACACUCGCUAGAUUGGAGUUAUGCGCCGCGCUUUUAAUGUCAAAAUUAGUUAAAAUCGUAAGAGAUACCUAUUCUUCUCGCAUUCCGAUUGAAGGAAUUUAUGCGUUCUCCGAUUCCACAGUAGCGCUGUCAUGGAUAAAAUCGUCACCUCAUAGGUGGAAUACUUUCGUUAGCAACCGCGUCGCACAGUGUCAAGAAAAUCUUAACCCACAGCAUUUUUAUCAUGUUGCGGGAAUCGAGAAUCCAAGUGACUGUUUAUCACGUGGUGUUUUGCCAUCACAAUUAAUCUCGCACCCACUUUGGUGGAAUGGCCCACAAUGGCUCCGCGACUCGCCUUCGGAAUGGCCGAUAAAUAGUUUUUCGCCUACCACUGAUAACGAGUUACCUGAAUUCAAAUCCACCGCGUUAUUAACAACAGAUGUUCAAUGCGAACAACCGGUAUUAUAUAUUUUAUCGCAACGCUUUUCCUCAUGGAAUAAACUUAUUCGCUCCGCUUCUUAUGUAUUACGCUUCGCGCGACUUCUGCCAUCUACUGGAGAAGUCGAUAAACUUAAUUUUGUUGAAAACGCAAUAAUAAAGGACAUCCAAAGGGUUCACUUUAGUGAUGAAAUCACGCGAUUAAAAAAUAAAAAAUUACCUUCGAAGAAAUUACAAAGGCUAGCUGUUUUUAUUGAUAAUGACGGCAUUUUACGCAUUGGAGGUCGGCUUUCUAAAUCGGAUUUACCAUACGAGGCUAAACAUCCCGCACUUCUUCCAAAACACGAUCACGCGGUUAACUUGAUCAUUGAUCACUAUCAUACGCGCAAUUGUCACACUGGGCCUUCUUUAUUAAUGUCCCUUAUUCGUCAACGAUUUUGGAUACUAGACGCUAGGACAAUCAUUAGGUCUAGAGUACACAAAUGUAAUACAUGUUUUCGAGUAAAGCCUGUGCAUCCUACACCAUUAAUGGCUGAUAUUCCUUCUCAUCGUUUGCAAGAAGCGAAAGCCUUUAUGCACACAGGUGUGGACCACGCAGGUCCACUCCGUAUAACGCCAACGCGUCGCCGCGGUUAUCAGUCGCAGAAAGCUUACAUAUGCUUAUUCGUAUGCCUCGUGACGAAAGCCGUUCAUAUUGAACUUUCGUCAGAUUUAACAGCUGACUGCUUUCUCAUGGCUGUAAAAAGAUUUUUAAGUCGCAAAGGUCCAAUCUCCUGUUUUUACAGCGAUAAUUCUGGAACCUUCCUUAAAGCCAAAUCGCAGUUGGACGAAGUGUAUUCACUUCUGAAUAGUUCAGAUUAUAAAGGAACGGUCGCCUUCCUUCGUCUGAGCUAA